AUGUCCGAUGGAAGCCCAACCCUAAGACGAAAUAGGAUUCAUUCGGCUAUUGGAGUCAAAAGCAGCGUUUUAGAGGUUCUUAAAAGACAUGUGCCCGAUGAGCUUCCAGGCGAUGAUAGCGCCGGAGAAUCUGACAGUAAAAAGGGACUUUUUCAUAGACAAAAGAUCAACCUCGAAACAUUAGAUAACUUCCCUAUCGAUGAAUUAGAUCAAACGAAAUCCAGUAGCGAAGAUGAAGAACGAGGUCAUAGCUCAGAUAGAAUUGUGCCCGGCUCACCGAAAAGUGAUACGUCUCAAGAUGACGCAAUCAACCCCGUAGAAGAGAUACAAUUAGUUCAACAAGAUAUUGACGAAGAAGAGAUCAGAAUUAUGAAGAGAAUUAAUAAACGAGGUGCUGAAGAUACAACUGAUGUAGAUGUUGAUAACGAUGGACCUCUUUCAGAUAUCUUCGAAACCCCCUCCAAAAAGCUCAAAAAGAUAGAUCCUUGUGAUACGAAAGAGCACCUUGAAAAGAGAAAUAGGAUUAAGGAGAAGUAUAAUGAGAUCUAUGACAUACCCCCGGCAUUGCUAGCUGAGGAAUUGACAUCUAAGAUUGAAAAGCACAUGCCGCUGGUAAUAGAAAUUCUCGAAGGAAGGCGGCCUUCCCUUUUCUAUGACUACGCUAGAAGGGCACAUAACAAAUCUCAAAGGGCUAUUCUGAGUGUAGAUGAGUUUAGAAUGCUCGAUCUAGGCCAGUUUAUUGCGGGAUUUUAUGGAUUGAAGAGGCAGAUGCGCGUUGCCGUUGAAAUAAUGCAUCGGUACAAAGAGCAGCUAACAACGAAUGACAAUUCGGUUCUAAGAUGGUGGGGUCCAAGUGAUUUUGCACAGUACGUUUUGGCGCCCGAACUACUCAGUGCUCUCUGUCAAGAAGAGAUGAAACUUUCAUCAAUAGAUCAAGCCUGGGAUGUGAUUGAAAACACAUCUGAGUAUGGCCUCGUAGUCACAGAUGAAGAUCCCUUCGAGGAAUGGGAGGUCAAGUCCGCAGAAAGUAAUGGCUACUUCGCAGCUAGUUAA